CAGGACCCUCAUUUAGUUCCGCGCCUUUGUCAGGAGUGCGGAAUAUUGCAACUGAACCUUGCAUAAUCGCCUCAUGAUUGCCUAAUCAGCUACGAACAAAGAGAGGACAAAUCAUCCGGAAAAGACCAGGAUGAUGGAGUUUAGAUUAAAACUGGGUUGGUAAUACAUUGGACGUCCAGGUGAUAACGGAUGAUGCUAUAAAGAUGGGUCUGUCGCCAUCCGAUUGCGGAACGGCUCUUGUACACUUAUCGGAUAUACACUCGGAUAGCGGAUUUUCUCCCCUUUUAAAACAUCAACACCGACCAAACUACGAGGAAAGUAAGGAAUAUCGUUCGGUAACGCAAUUGGCUUCGACUGAAGCUUGAACCUCGUGGUGAUAUUGUUUGGAACUAAGUCUAUUUCUUGCAUCCCUCCACAUUUCAUUUUCAUCCGGACAACCAACCCCCUCAAUGACGGAUCAGUUCGCAUUCUCGUACCCCUCACCCCUUGCGGGGUAUGAGGAUCUGGAACCACUUCCUAUGGAAAAGACAGAAGACGGGAAAUCACUAAGAAACCCGCAACAUGGGAUUCUGAGCAAAGCAUAUGAAGAAUUCCCCGACCCCCUCAGCAAAGACCGUCGCGGGGGGUUUGACAUCCACAUCUACCACUUCCAGACCAAUCCCGACCAAGUCGCCUUUGCGAGAGCGCUAUGGGAAAGAAUCAGACGUGAAUUUCCCGAGCUACGCAUCUACGAUUUCUUCGACAGACCUAUCGGGCCUCAUCCUAUAGCCAUGUUCGAGGUCAACCUUUUCACACCCGCACAAUUUGGCGCUUUCGUGCCUUGGCUCGUGAUUAACCGGGGGCCAUUGAGUGCGUUGAUCCAUCCGAACACGGCGCAUACCGAAGAGGAGCGAAACCAUACCCAGCGCGCUACAUGGCUGGGCGACAAGAUACCGCUUGAUUUACGGUUGUUCAAGCUCAUGAAGGAAGCGCAGAAGAAGAAGGAAUUGGAGGCUGAGCAGGCGGCAAGGAAUAAUUAGUUACCACACUACCUAACUUUACGAGCAUGAUUGUUUUGAGAAUGCGAAUAGUAUUUAUUGAAAGAACUGC